CUCCUCCAGUCUGCCGUCACCGGGGCUGCUGGACCGGAGCAACUCGGCAUCAACAACCAGCCGCUGGUUGCUCCUCCGUGCUGAGUGAAGACUCGGUGCAGCCAGGAGCCUCCCCGCCCGUCAUUUCUCUCUGUAAACGACAUGGCCUCCGACGGCAUGGACGAGCGAUCUCCGCUGCUGUCGGGCCCCAACUCCGGGAAUGUGACUCCCACUGCUCCCCCGUACCUGCAGGAUUCAAGUCCCCGAGCCGAACUACCUCCUCCUUACACAGCCAUCGCCAGCCCCGACGCCGGCGGUGUGCCUGUCAUCAACUGCCGCGUGUGCGAGUCACUUAUCAACCUGGAUGGAAAGCUGCAUCAGCACGUGGUCAAGUGCACAGUCUGCAAUGAAGCUUCACCCAUCAAGAACCCUCCAACAGGGAAGAAGUAUGUGAGGUGUCCCUGUAACUGCCUGCUCAUCUGUAAAGACACGUCCAGGAGGAUAGGAUGUCCUCGACCAAACUGCAGACGCAUCAUUAACCUGAGCCCAGUGAUGGUGAUCCCUGAAGAGCAACCCGCCCAACCGGCACUGCCCAUCCAACCUCAGGGCAUGAGGGUGGUCUGCGGUCACUGUGGCAACACCUUCCUAUGGAUGGAGCUUCGGUUUAACACGCUAGCCAAGUGUCCCCACUGCAAAAAAAUAUCCUCUGUUGGCAGUGCGCUCCCUAGGAGGCGCUGCUGUGCUUAUAUAACUAUAGGAAUGAUCUGCAUUUUCAUUGGAGUGGGUUUAACAGUUGGUACUCGGGACUUUGCCAGUCGUUACAAUGCCACCUACGUGUCCUGGGCAUUCGCCUACCUGCUGGGCCUCAUCUGUCUCAUACGAGCCUGCUACUGGGGAGCUAUCAAAGUGAGCUACCCGGAGAACAGCUUCGCUUAGGGCAGGCACAGCUCAGCUCAGCACAGCCCUGCACGGCUGAAAGAACAAACCCCUUUUUUUUCCCUUUUUUUCAUCUUGUUCAGAUCUCAAACCGGUCCUGUUCAGCAGAGUGGAACAUAUAUAGAGUGCAUUGAAGAGCUGUUGUGUGUGUUUGAAGAGGUGUAUGUUGGAGAUGUAUCCUGUUGUGUUUGUGCCUGGAAUGUUUUUAACUCGCUGAACAAAGGUAUUGUAUGUCGAUCAAUCCUCCUGCAGGUCCACAGAGACUCAAAUCCUGCCCUGGUUUUGCUGAAAUCCUCCAAAAUACAGAAUCAAGAACAGAAAAAAAAUCUGUGAUUUUUCUUGAUGAAUG